CUUGAGGCUAAGUAGAUCAUAAGCGAUCUAUCCAACCUAGAUUCCCAACCGUACCUGGAAUCCAUCUACUAAAUAUUAAUAUACCCGUGUCGUCACCUUUCCCUCCCCUCUUAGGUGUGCACUUGAUGCUUGUCAUUUUUCGUCGUACGCUACUCUCUGUAUAGCCUAAGACGUUUACCAUAUGGGUAUCCGACAGACGUAAUCUCAUUCACGAUGAGAUCGAUUGCUUCGUGCAAUUUCGAGACUUGUCCGGUUGCAGCAUCUCCGUAUGGCUACCCGCCGAGCGCUGCCGCAGAAGUAAUAUUCUUGUUCAUUCAUAUCGGGUCCAUCCUCGCCUGUCUGCUCUACACAUUUUAUAUAGCCGAGAGAAAUAAAUGGCUGGAGUUCAGCAUCCCAGUCUCGAUAGCUUCUCUUUUUGAAGCCAUUGGUUAUGCCGUUAGACUCGGAAGUUCGAUCGACCCUUGGGACGUAGGCUUCUAUGCUGGCUCAACUGCAUUCCUACUAGUCGCGCCGGCCUUCAUCUCCGCAGCCAUUUACCUUACUAUACCCGAAGCUAUCAAAAUAAUUGGCGUCGAACAUUCGUUAAUAAACGUCGCACAUUAUCCUCGUCUGAUCUGGAUCGAUGUUAUUGGCUUCGUCUUCCAGCUUAUCGGAAUAAUUGUUUCCUUCUCAGACCUCUCCGUCGAUACAGGCCUCGGCCAUAAUGCUAAGAUCGGCAGUCCCAUCAUGGCUGCCGGCACCGCUAUACAAGCUCUCUCCUUAAUCAUUUUCAUAUUUCUGUUCGUCAAUGUAUUGUUGCGAGCCGCCAUAGCGAACAGCCAAUUCGGAUAUACAACAUUCCAUCCGGUACACGGUUUCGUCCCCAUGGCGUAUAGAUUCAAAUUUUUCGUGGCAAUGUUGUUAAUAUCCGCCAUAUGCUUGUUUGGAAGGGAUCUCUACCAGGUAAUAAUACUGGCUGAUGGAUUAGAAAGUUGGAACGCAAAGAACCAGGCUCUCUUUGCGGGCCUCGACAGUCUUCUAGUGGCUGAGGCUGUUGCUGGUUUAGUUGUUGCACAUCCCGUGAGGUUUCUCCAGGACGGGCUGGAAAAGAGAGUGCGAAGCAGAAAUGCAAGUUCAAUGAUGGAGGAACCGAGAGUGAGCCGGUUUUACCUUCUGGGAAAUACACCAACUCCCCCGACUCGCCCGAAUCGGUCAUAUCAGCGAGAUCAUACUCCACGGAGUAGUACCUCAUAUUUUGAAGCAUAAAUUAAAAAGUUUACGAAAUUCGUUCCAUAUUUUGAAUGACCCAUUGGAACCACGGUUUAGUGGUGCUUGUGAAUGUUAUGUCUCCAUGCGAAUGUCUUCAUCCUUGGCGGCAGGUAUGUAUGCAACCAAUGCCUUACUGGCGCCUUCGACGCAAUACUGGACAACUUCGAUCUUUGUUCCAUCGGGAAUCAGUUUGGCGACUUGUCUAAGAUCGCUUGUACGUGGGA